AUGCCCAACGAUAUGACGACCGAAAUAGCCAACCAUAUGACCAGCCAAAUGGGGGACGACUCGGGGCUGAGCUUCAAAAUCGUGGACGAGGAUAGCGUGCAAAGGUUCAUCAAAAGUGCAGCCUACAACGAGCUGAUCGAUUUCAUUACGCAACUAAACACUUCCGUCGUGGCGGUGGAGAUGCAUCCCCUGGAUCAAUUCUACACACGGGAGGACAGCGUCGAAGGAGUAGGCACACCCACUGACAAAGUCGAAAACAUCCUGCUCAUUUCACGCAACGUACAGAAUGUAUUCACUCUCGUAAAGAGCAUGAACAAUUAUAUAGAUCUGUGUCCCCCCAUAAAGCAGCCGACUCGAUUUGGCAACAAAGGCUUCCAAAUUUUCUGUGAUGAGUAUUACAAAGAGGUUGACGAAAAGUUACCAAAGGUUUUAGCCGAAUCGGGAUUACAGAACUUAUCGGAACAUACCUUUCAGUUGGGUCACUAUUUAAAAAACUCAGUAGGGAAUAGGAAGCGGAUUGACUAUGGCACAGGGCAUGAGCUGAAUUUUCUGCUUUUCCUCUUUUGCCUUAACAAACUGCAGUUUUUUGGCCCUCCCGACCACAAACACCUCGUCCUUGUUCUCUACCGGCAGUACCUCGAAUGCGUCAGAAGAAUCCAAAUCACCUACACCGUGGAGCCUGCAGGGAGCAGAGGCGCCUGGGGGCUGGACGACUUCCAGUUUUUAGUCUUUCUAUUCGGCGCAGCGCAGUUAUCCUACAACACGAAGAUAAAGACGGACGAUAUCGAAAAGAAGGAACUUCUGGAGCUGUGGGCACCCAAGUACCUUUAUUUUGACGCGUUGAAAUACAUUUCGAUGAUGAAGCACGCCCCCUUUCACGAAUCCUCCCAAAUGUUGUACGACAUUUCCGGUGUGGAGACAUGGGAGAAAAUCUGCUCAGGACUGCUGAAGAUGUAUCAAGCAGAGAUCAUCCAGAAGCGCCAAAUCCUGCAGCACAUUUUGUUCGGCAAACUGAUUGACUUUUGA